UGGGCCUGCGCGCACCGCCCGCGGCGGCGCGGUCUCGGCUGUCUUUCCAUUGCUCCGCUGAUUAUUGUGGACUCAGCUGCAGAUGUGACUUUUGUUUCCCGCACCUCGCUUGACCGUCGGGGGACAGCGGCAGGCCUGAUCACGGGGAGGAAGCUGGAGGAAAAAUGCCCUCUGAGUCUUUCUGUUUGGCCGCCCAGGCUCGACUUGACUCCAAAUGGUUGAAAACAGAUAUACAGCUGGCAUUCACCAGAGAUGGGCUCUGUGGUCUGUGGAAUGAAAUGGUCAAAGAUGGAGAAAUUGUUUACACUGGGACAGAAUUAGCCCCAAAUGGAGAGCUCCUUCCUAGGAAAGAUGAUGGUGUUGAUACCCAAAGUGGAACCAAGAAGGAAGAUCUGAAUGACAAAGAGAAAAAGGAUGAAGAAGAGACUCCAGCACCUACGUUUAAGGCCAAAUCAAUCCUGGAGAGCUGGGUAUGGGGCAAGCAGCCAGAUGUGAAUGAGCUGAAGGAGUGUCUUUCUGUGCUGGUUAAAGAGCAGCAAGCCCUGGCAAUCCAGUCAGCCACCACCACCCUCUCCGCGCUGAGACUGAAGCAGAGGCUGGUAAUCCUGGAGCGCUACUUCAUUGCCUUGAACAGAACCGUUUUUCAGGAGAAUGUCAAAGUUAAAUGGAAAACUAGCAGCCUUUCUCUGCCUUCCAUGGACAAGAAAAGCUCCCGGCCCGCAGGCAGAGGGGUGGAAGGUCUCGCCAGAGUCGGCUCCCGGGCCGCGCUGUCCUUUGCCUUUGCUUUCCUACGCAGGGCCUGGAGGUCAGGUGAAGAUGCGGACCUAUGCAGUGAACUAUUGCAGGAGUCCCUGGACGCCCUGCGUGCUCUUCCUGAGGCCUCACUCUUUGACGAGAGCACAGUGUCUUCUGUGUGGCUGGAGGUGGUAGAGAGAGCAACGAGGUUCCUCAGGUCCGUCGUGACGGGGGAUGUUCAUGGAACUCCAGGGAUCAAGGGUCCUGGAGGUGUUCCUCUGCAGGACCAGCACUUGGCCCUGGCCAUCCUGCUGGAGCUGGCUGUGCAGAGAGGCACCCUGAGCCAAAUGUUGUCUGCCAUCUUGUUGUUGCUUCAACUGUGGGACAGUGGUGCACAGGAAACAGACAAUGAGCGGUCUGCCCAGGGCACCAGUGCCCCUCUGCUGCCCCUGCUACAGCGGUUCCAGAGCAUCAUCUGCAGUAAAGACAUGCCACAUGCGGACGGGGACAUGCAUCUUUUAUCUGGCCCACUGAGCCCCAAUGAGAGCUUCCUGAGGUACCUCACUCUUCCACAAGACAAUGAGCUUGCCAUUGAUUUAAGACAAACAGCAGUUGUUGUCAUGGCCCAUUUAGACCGCCUGGCUACACCUUGUAUGCCUCCUCUCUGUAGCUCUCCAACAUCUCAUAAGGGAUCAUUGCAGGAAGUUAUAGGUUGGGGGUUAAUAGGAUGGAAAUACUAUGCCAAUGUGAUCGGUCCAAUCCAGUGUGAAGGUCUUGCUAGUCUGGGGGUCACACAGAUCGCCUGUGCAGAGAAGCGCUUCCUGAUCCUGUCACGCAAUGGCCGUGUGUACACACAGGCCUACAACAGUGAUAUGCUGGCUCCACAACUGGUCCAGGGUCUUGCCUCCAGAAACAUUGUGAAAAUUGCUGCCCAUUCUGAUGGUCACCAUUACCUGGCCUUGGCUGCCACCGGAGAGGUGUACUCCUGGGGCUGUGGGGAUGGCGGACGGUUGGGCCAUGGAGACACAGUGCCUCUGGAGGAGCCCAAGGUAAUCUCCGCGUUCUCGGGGAAGCAGGCUGGGAAGCAUGUGGUGCACAUAGCAUGCGGGAGCACGUACAGCGCGGCCAUCACCGCUGAGGGCGAGCUGUAUACUUGGGGCCGCGGAAACUACGGCCGCCUGGGCCAUGGCUCCAGUGAAGAUGAGGCUAUUCCAAUGCUGGUGGCUGGCCUUAAAGGACUAAAGGUCAUCGAUGUGGCAUGUGGGAGUGGGGACGCUCAAACCCUGGCGGUGACUGAGAAUGGUCAAGUGUGGUCUUGGGGAGAUGGAGACUAUGGGAAAUUGGGUAGAGGUGGUAGUGAUGGCUGCAAAACCCCAAAGCUGAUUGAAAAACUUCAAGACUUAGAUGUUAUCAAGGUCCGCUGUGGAAGUCAGUUUUCUAUUGCUUUGACAAAAGAUGGCCAAGUUUAUUCUUGGGGAAAAGGUGAUAAUCAGAGACUUGGACACGGAACAGAGGAGCACGUCCGCUAUCCCAAACUCUUGGAAGGCUUGCAAGGGAAGAAGGUGAUUGAUGUGGCUGCUGGCUCCACCCACUGCCUAGCUCUGACGGAGGACAGUGAGGUGCACAGCUGGGGGAGCAAUGACCAAUGCCAGCACUUUGAUACCUUGCGUGUAACCAAGCCGGAACCUGCUGCCCUGCCAGGACUGGACACCAAACACAUAGUUGGGAUUGCCUGUGGGCCUGCCCAGAGCUUUGCCUGGUCAUCUUGUUCUGAGUGGUCCAUUGGCCUCCGCGUCCCUUUUGUGGUGGACAUCUGUCCAAUGACUUUCGAGCAGCUAGAUCUCCUGCUGCGGCAGGUGAGUGAGGGGAUGGACGGCACCGCUGACUGGCCCCCGCCACAGGAGAAAGAGUGCAUGGCUGUGGCGACGCUGAAUCUUCUACGACUUCAGUUGCAUGCUGCCAUUAGUCACCAGGUUGACCCGGAGUUCCUAGGCCUGGGUCUGGGCAGCGUCCUCCUGAACAGCCUGAAGCAGACUGUGGUGACAUUGGCCAGCAGUGCGGGUGUCCUGAGCACUGUGCAGGCGGCUGCCCAGGCUGUGCUGCAGAGUGGCUGGUCUGUGCUGCUGCCCACAGCUGAGGAGCGAGCCCGGGCACUCUCUGCACUCUUGCCCUGCACAGUUUCAGGCAAUGAAGUGAACAUAAGUCCAGGUCGUCGGUUCAUGAUUGAUCUACUGGUGGGCAGCUUGAUGGCUGAUGGGGGCUUAGAGUCAGCCUUAAAUGCUGCCAUUACUGCAGAAAUUCAGGAUAUUGAAGCCAAAAAAGAAGCACAGAAAGAAAAGGAAAUUGAUGAGCAGGAAGCCAAUGCCUCUACAUUUCAUAGAAGUCGGACUCCUCUGGAUAAAGAUCUGAUUAACACAGGGAUCUAUGAAUCUGCUGGAAAGCAGUGCUUGCCUUUAGUUCAGCUCAUACAGCAGCUUCUCAGGAACAUUGCUUCCCAGACUGUGGCCAGACUGAAGGAUGUUGCUCGGCGGAUCUCGUCCUGCCUGGACUUUGAGCAGCACAGCUGUGAAAGGUCCGCUUCACUGGACUUGUUGCUGCGCUUUCAGCGCUUGCUCAUCAGUAAGCUUUACCCAGGGGAGAGCAUCAGCCAGGCCUCAGAUAUCUCCAGUCCUGAGCUAAUGGGUGUUGGUUCCUUGCUGAAAAAGUACACAGCCCUGCUGUGCACACACAUUGGAGACAUACUGCCGGUAGCAGCGAGCAUUGCUUCCACCAGCUGGCGACACUUUGCAGAGGUGGCUUGUGUCAUGGAAGGGGACUUCACAGGUGUACUCCUUCCAGAGCUAGUAGUUUCUGUAGUGCUUCUUCUUAGCAAAAAUGCUGGUCUCAUGCAAGAGGCUGGAGCCAUCCCUCUACUGGGUGGUCUGUUGGAACACCUGGAUCGUUUUAACCACCUAGCACCGGGAAAGGAACGGGAUGAUCAUGAAGAGCUGGCCUGGCCUGGCAUAAUGGAGUCAUUUUUUAUAGGCCCAAACUGUAGAAAUAAUGAGGAAGUGACACUUAUACGCAAAGCUGACUUGGAGAACCACAAUAAAGAUGGAGGCUUCUGGACUGUGAUAGAUGGAAAAGUAUAUGAUAUAAAGGACUUCCAGACACAGUCAUUAACAGGAAAUAGUAUUCUUGCUCAGUUUGCAGGUGAGGACCCAGUAGUCGCUUUGGAAGCAGCUUUGCAGUUUGAAGACACACAGGAGUCCAUGCAUGCAUUCUGUGUUGGCCAGUAUUUAGAGCCUGACCAAGAGGUCGUCACCAUUCCUGACCUGGGAAGUUUGUCUUCACCUCUGAUAGACACAGAGAGGAAUCUGGGCCUGCUUCUUGGAUUACACGCUUCCUAUUUAGCAAUGAGCACACCACUGUCUCCUGUCGAGGUUGAAUGUGCCAAGUGGCUGCAGUCCUCUAUUUUCUCUGGAGGACUGCAGACCAGCCAGAUCCACUACAGCUACAAUGAGGAGAAAGACGAGGACCACUGCAGCUCUCCUGGGGGCACACCGGUCAGCAAGUCCCGACUCUGUUCUCACAGAUGGUCUCUGGGUGAUCAUUCCCAGGCAUUCCUUCAAGCCAUUGCUGAUAAUAACAUCCAGGAUCACAAUGUAAAGGACUUUCUGUGUCAAAUUGAAAGGUAUUGUAGACAGUGUCACUUGACCACACCAAUUACAUUUCCUCCUGAGCAUCCUGUGGAAGAGGUUGGCCGCUUACUAUUAUGCUGCCUCUUAAAACAUGAAGAUUUAGGUCACGUGGCAUUAUCUUUAGUUCAUGCAGGUACACUUGGUAUUGAUCAGGUAAAGCACAGAGCAUUGCCUAAGUCAGUGGUGGAUGUCUGCAGAGUUGUCUACCAAGCAAAAUGCUCCCUCAUUAAGACUCAUCAAGAACAGGGCCGGUCUUAUAAGGAGGUGUGUGCACCUGUCAUUGAACGUUUGAGAUUCCUCUUUAAUGAACUGAGACCUGCUGUUUGCAGCGACCUUUCUGUAAUGUCUAAGUUUAAGCCAUUAAGCUCUUUGCCCCGUUGGAGGAGGAUAGCUCAGAAGAUAAUUCGAGAACGAAGGAAAAAGAGAGUUCCUAAGAAGCCGGAAUCUACUGACGGGGAAGAAAAAAUUGGAAAUGAAGAGUCUGAUUUAGAAGAAGCUUGCAUUUUGCCCCAUAGUCCAAUAAAUGUGGACAAAAGACCCAUUACAAUUAAGUCUCCCAAGGACAAAUGGCAACCACUGUUGAAUACAGUCACAGGGGUUCAGAAAUACAAAUGGUUGAAGCAGAAUGUCCAGGGUCUUUAUCCACAGUCUGCCCUCCUCAGUACAAUUGUUGAGUUUGCCCUUAAGGAAGAGCCAGUGGAUGUGGAAAAGAUGCGGAAGUGCCUCCUAAAACAGUUGGAGAGAGCAGAGGUUCGCCUGGAAGGAAUAGAUACAAUUUUGAAACUGGCAGCCAAAAAUUUCUUACUUCCAUCUGUGCAGUAUGCAAUGUUCUGUGGAUGGCAAAGACUUAUUCCAGAGGGAAUUGAUAUAGGGGAUCCCCUCACAGAUUGUUUGAAGGAUGUUGAUUUGAUUCCACCCUUUAAUCGGAUGCUGCUGGAAGUAACCUUUGGCAAGCUGUAUGCCUGGGCAGUUCAGAACAUUCGAAAUGUUUUAAUGGAUGCCAGUGCCAAAUUUAAAGAGCUUGGUAUCCAGCCUGUUCCCCUACAAACCAUUACCAAUGAGAACCCGUCAGGACCAAGUCUGGGAACCAUCCCACAAGCUCGCUUCCUUCUGGUGAUGCUCAGCAUGCUCACCCUGCAACAUGGUGCCAACAACCUUGACCUCCUCCUCAACUCUGGCACGUUGGCCCUCACACAGACGGCACUGCGGUUGAUUGGUCCUACUUGUGACAGUGUUGAGGAAGAUAUGAGUGCUUCUGCCCGAGGAGCGUCUGCCACUGUGUUGGAAGAAACCCGGAAGGAAACCGCACCUGUACAGCUCCCAGUUUCAGGGCCAGAACUGGCUGCCAUGAUGAAGAUCGGAACCAGGGUCAUGAGAGGAGUGGACUGGAAAUGGGGUGAUCAGGAUGGGCCUCCCCCAGGCCUAGGCCGUGUGAUUGGUGAGCUGGGAGAGGAUGGGUGGAUCAGGGUCCAGUGGGACACAGGCAGCACUAACUCGUACAGGAUGGGGAAAGAAGGAAAGUACGACCUCAAGCUGGUGGAGCUGCCAGUCUCGGCACAGCCCUCUGCAGAGGACUCGGACACAGAGGAUGACUCCGAAGCUGAACAAAUUGAAAGAAACAUUCAUCCCACAAUGAUGAUGCUGACCAGCAUUAUUAACUUACUGCAAACUCUCUGCCUCUCGGUUGGAGUACAUGCUGAUAUCAUGCAGAGUGAGGCCACCAAGACUCUGUGUGGACUGCUGCGAAUGUUAGUGGAAAGUGGAACCACAGAUAAGACAUCUCCUCCAGAUAGGCUGGUGUGCCGGGAGCAGCACCGGAGCUGGUGCACUCUGGGCUUUGUUCGGAGCAUUGCCCUCACCCCUCAGGCCUGUGGGGCUCUCAGCUCUCCACGGUGGAUUGCUCUGCUCAUGAAGGUUGUUGAAGGGCAUGCCCCCUACACUGCAGCCUCCCUGCAGAGGCAGAUCUUAGCUGUGCACUUACUACAAGCGGUUCUUCCAUCAUGGGACAAGACAGAAAGGGCAAGGGACAUGAAGUGCCUUGUGGAAAAGCUUUUUGGCUUCUUGGGCAGUUUGCUCACUACUUGUUCUUCUGAUGUCCCAUUGCUCAGAGAAUCCACACUGAGAAGACGGCGGGCUCGCCCUCAGGCCUCCUUGACUGCCACCCACAGCAGCACUCUGGCGGAAGAGGUGGUGGGGCUGCUCCGAACAUUGCACUCCCUUCCCCAGUGGAAUGGGCUCAUCAACAAGUACAUUAACUCACAGCUCUGCUCCGUCACCCACAGUUGCACUGGAAAGCCACCAGAAAGGGCCAUGUUAGAGGACUACUUUCCUGAUUCUGAGAACCCUGACGUGGGGGCCCUCAUGGCAGUCCUGGCUGUGAUUGGAGGGAUUGAUGGCCGCCUGCGCCUGGGGGGCCAGGUCAUGCAUGAUGAAUUUGGUGAGGGCACCGUGACUCGCAUCACUCCGAAGGGCAGAAUCACCGUGCAGUUCUCUGAUAUGCGGAUGUGCCGUGUUUGCCCAUUGAAUCAGCUCAAACCACUCCCUGCUGUGGCCUUCAGUGUAACCAACCUGCCUUUCACUGAGCCCAUGCUCUCUGUCUGGGCUGAGUUGGUGAACCUUGCUGGAACCAAAUUGGAAAAACACAAAAUAAAGAAAUCGCCUAAACAGGCCUUUGCAGGACAAGUGGACUUGGACCUGCUGCGGAGCCAGCAGUUAAAGCUGUACAUACUGAAAGCAGGAAGGGCACUGCUUUCCCACCAAGAUAAACUGAGGCAGAUUUUGUCUCAGCCAGCUGUUCAAGAGACUGGAACUGUUCAUGCAGAUGAUGGAGCAGCUGCAUCCCCUGACCUUGCGGACAUGUCACCUGAAGGGCCACAGCCCCCAAUGAUUCUUCUGCAGCAGUUACUGGCCUCUGCCACCCAGCCAUCUCCUGUGAAGGCCAUAUUUGAUAAACAAGAACUCGAGGCUGCUGCUUUAGCUGUCUGCCAGUGUUUGGCUGUGGAGUCCACACACCCUUCAAGCCCAGGGUUUGAAGACUGCAGCUCCAGUGAGUCUACCACACCUGUCUCCAUGCAGCACAUCCAUCCCACCAGGGUGAAGAAGCGCAGGCAAUCCCCAGUUCCUGCUCUACCCAUUGUGGUGCAGCUCAUGGAAAUGGGUUUUUCUAGGAGGAACAUCGAGUUUGCUCUGAAGUCACUCACUGGCACAUCUGGGAAUGCUUCUGGUUUGCCUGGUGUGGAGGCCCUGGUUGGGUGGCUCCUAGACCACUCUGAUGUCCAGGUGACAGAGCUCUCAGAUGCAGAAACGGUGUCUGAUGAGCAUUCAGACGAAGAAGUGCUGGAGGAUGUGGAUGACGCAGCCUUCCCUGUGGCUGCUGGUGCUGUUGUGACAGAGAGUCAGACUUACAAAAGGCGAGCUGACUUCCUGAGUAAUGAUGACUAUGCUGUGUAUGUGAGGGAGAACAUUCAAGUGGGGAUGAUGGUUAGAUGCUGUCGAACAUAUGAAGAAGUAUGUGAAGGAGAUAUGGGCAAAGUUAUCAAACUGGAUAGAGAUGGAUUGCAUGACCUCAAUGUGCAGUGUGACUGGCAGCAGAAAGGGGGAACUUACUGGGUUAGGUAUAUUCAUGUGGAACUGAUAGGCUAUCCUCCACCCAGUUCUUCUUCUCAUAUCAAGAUUGGUGACAAAGUGCGGGUCAAAGCUUCUGUUACCACGCCAAAGUAUAAGUGGGGGUCUGUGACUCAUCAGAGUGUGGGGCUUGUGAAAGCUUUCAGUGCCAAUGGGAAAGAUAUCAUUGUUGACUUCCCUCAACAGUCUCAUUGGACUGGCUUGUUGUCAGAAAUGGAGUUGGUGCCUAGCAUUCAUCCUGGGGUUACGUGUGAUGGCUGUCAGAUGUUUCCUAUCAAUGGAUCCAGAUUCAAAUGCAGAAAUUGUGAUGACUUUGAUUUUUGUGAAAUGUGUUUUAAGACCAAAAAACACAACCCCAGGCAUACAUUUGGCAGAAUAAAUGAACCAGGUCAGUCUGCAGUAUUUUGUGGCCGUUCUGGAAAGCAACUGAAACGCUGUCACAGUAGUCAGCCUGGAAUGCUGCUGGACAGCUGGUCCCGCAUGGUGAAGAGCCUGAAUGUGUCGUCAUCCGUGAAUCAGGCUUCUCGUCUCAUUGAUGGCAGUGAGCCCUGCUGGCAGUCGUCUGGGUCUCAGGGAAAGCAUUGGAUUCGUUUGGAGAUUUUCCCAGAUGUUCUUGUUCAUAGAUUAAAAAUGAUAGUGGAUCCUGCUGACAGUAGCUACAUGCCUUCUUUGGUUGUGGUGUCAGGUGGAAAUUCCCUAAAUAACCUAAUUGAACUAAAGACAAUUAAUAUCAACCAAAGUGACACCACUGUGUCCCUUCUGAAUGACUGCACAGAGUAUCACAGGUACAUUGAAAUUGCGAUAAAACAGUGCAGGAGCUCAGGAAUUGACUGUAAAAUCCACGGUCUCAUCCUGCUGGGUCGGAUCCGAGCAGAGGAGGAGGAUUUGGCUGCAGUUCCUUUCUUAGCUUCAGAUAAUGAGGAGGAAGAGGAUGACAAAGGCAGCAGUGGGAGCCUUAUUAGAAAGAAGACUGCAGGGUUGGAAUCAACAGCUACGAUAAGAACCAAAGUGUUCGUGUGGGGGUUGAAUGACAAGGACCAGCUGGGUGGCCUCAAAGGCUCUAAGAUAAAGGUCCCUUCAUUUUCUGAGACUCUGUCUGCCUUGAAUGUGGUCCAGGUGGCUGGCGGUUCUAAAAGUUUAUUUGCAGUGACUGUGGAAGGGAAAGUGUAUGCCUGUGGAGAAGCCACGAAUGGCCGGCUAGGACUGGGUAUGUCCAGCAGCACAGUCCCCAUCCCACGGCAGAUCACAGCCCUCAGCAGCUACGUGGUUAAGAAGGUGGCAGUUCACUCAGGUGGACGGCAUGCUACAGCCCUAACUGUUGAUGGGAAAGUGUUUUCAUGGGGUGAAGGUGAUGAUGGAAAACUUGGACACUUCAGCAGAAUGAACUGUGACAAGCCAAGGCUGAUAGAGGCCCUGAAAACCAAGCGUAUCCGUGACAUUGCCUGUGGAAGCUCGCACAGUGCAGCCCUAACGUCCAGCGGGGAGCUGUACACCUGGGGCCUCGGAGAAUAUGGCCGCUUGGGACAUGGGGAUAACACCACACAGCUGAAGCCCAAAAUGGUCAAAGUCCUUCUUGGUCACAGAGUGAUCCAGGUUGCAUGUGGAAGCAGAGACGCACAGACCCUAGCUCUCACUGAUGAAGGUUUGGUAUUUUCCUGGGGUGAUGGUGACUUUGGAAAAUUGGGCCGGGGAGGAAGUGAAGGCUGUAACAUUCCCCAGAAUAUUGAAAGAUUAAACGGCCAGGGAGUGUGCCAGAUUGAGUGUGGAGCUCAGUUCUCCUUGGCGCUCACCAAGUCAGGAGUGGUGUGGACAUGGGGGAAGGGAGACUACUUCAGGCUGGGCCAUGGUUCUGACGUACAUGUGCGGAAGCCACAGGUGGUGGAAGGACUGAGGGGGAAGAAGAUCGUGCAUGUGGCCGUUGGGGCCCUGCAUUGCCUAGCAGUCACAGACUCGGGGCAGGUAUAUGCUUGGGGAGACAAUGACCACGGCCAGCAGGGAAAUGGCACUACCACGGUUAACAGGAAACCCACGCUUGUGCAGGGUUUGGAAGGCCAGAAGAUCACCCGAGUGGCUUGUGGAUCAUCACAUAGCGUGGCAUGGACAACAGUGGAUGUGGCCACGCCCUCUGUCCAUGAGCCUGUCCUCUUCCAGACUGCCAGAGACCCAUUAGGUGCUUCCUAUUUAGGUGUGCCUUCAGAUACCGAUUCUCCUGCUGCAAGUAAUAAAAUAAGUGGUGCAAAUAAUUCCAAGCCAAAUCGCCCUUCACUUGCUAAAAUCCUUCUGUCAUUGGAUGGAAACCUUGCCAAACAACAAGCCUUAUCACAUAUUCUCACGGCACUGCAAAUCAUGUAUGCCAGAGACACAGUGGUCGGCGCCCUGAUGCCGGCUGGCAUGCUCGCCCCGGUGGAAUGCCCUUCAUUUUCCUCCUCAGCACCCGCUUCUGAUGCAUCGACCAUGGCCAGUCCCAUGAAUGGAGAGGAAGGCCUGCUGGCUACUGAUCUUGAGGACCGACUGAGUCCAAAUCCAUGGCAAGAGAAGAGAGAGAUUGUGUCCUCUGAGGAUGCCGUGACCCCCUCUGCAGUGACACCGUCUGCUCCCUCGGCAUCCUCUCGGCCAUUUAUCCCAGUGACAGAUGACCCAGGAGCUGCCAGCAUCAUUGCAGAAACCAUGACUAAAACGAAAGAGGAUGUUGAAAGCCAAAAUAAAGCAUCAGGUCCAGAGCCUCAGUCCUUGGAUGAAUUCACCAGUCUACUAGUUGCAGAUGACACCCGUGUGGUAGUGGAUCUGCUCAAGCUGUCAGUGUGCAGCAGGGCUGGGGACAAGGGCCGGGACGUCCUCUCAGCCGUGCUGUCUGGCAUGGGCACUGCCUACCCACAGGUGGCAGAUAUGUUAUUGGAGCUCUGUGUCACCGAGUUAGAAGAUGUAGCCACAGACUCACAAAGCGGCCGCCUUUCCUCGCAGCCAGUGGUGGUGGAGAGUAGCCACCCCUACACAGACGACACUUCCACCAGCGGCACGGUGAAGAUACCAGGUGCAGAAGGACUCAGAGUGGAGUUUGACCGACAGUGCUCCACGGAGAGGCGCCAUGAUCCCCUCACUGUCAUGGAUGGUGUCAACAGGAUUGUGUCCGUGAGGUCAGGCCGAGAGUGGUCUGACUGGUCCAGUGAACUGCGCAUCCCAGGGGAUGAGCUGAAGUGGAAGUUCAUCAGUGAUGGAUCCGUGAAUGGUUGGGGCUGGCGCUUUACCGUCUAUCCCAUCAUGCCAGCUGCAGGCCCUAAGGACCUCCUCUCCGAUCGCUGUGUCCUCUCUUGUCCAUCCAUGGACCUAGUGACCUGUCUCUUGGACUUCCGACUCAAUCUCACCUCCAACAGAAGCAUUGUCCCUCGCCUCGCUGCCUCUCUGGCUGCAUGCGCACAGCUAAGUGCCCUAGCUGCCAGCCACAGGAUGUGGGCUCUUCAGAGACUGAGGAGGCUGCUCACCACAGAAUUUGGGCAGUCAAUUAACAUCAACAGACUGCUGGGAGAGAAUGAUGGGGAAAUGAGAGCUUUGAGUUUUUCAGGUAGUGCACUUGCUGCUUUGGUGAAAGGCCUUCCAGAAGCUUUGCAAAGGCAGUUUGAAUAUGAAGAUCCUAUUGUGAGAGGUGGCAAACAGCUGCUCCAUAGCCCAUUCUUUAAGGUACUAGUAGCUCUUGCUUGUGACCUGGAACUAGACACCCUACCUUGCUGUGCUGAGACCCACAAGUGGGCUUGGUUCCGAAGGUAUUGCAUGGCCUCCCGUGUUGCUGUUGCUCUGGACAAAAGGACACCAUUGCCACGUCUGUUUCUUGAUGAGGUUGCUAAGAAAAUUCGUGAAUUAAUGGCAGACAGUGAAAACAUGGAUGUUCUCCAUGAGAGCCACAACAUUUUUAAGAGAGAGCAAGAUGAACAACUUGUGCAGUGGAUGAACAGGAGACCCGAUGACUGGACUCUUUCUGCUGGCGGCAGUGGAACCAUUUAUGGGUGGGGACAUAAUCAUAGAGGGCAGCUUGGCGGGAUUGAAGGUGCAAAAGUUAAAGUUCCCACCCCAUGCGAAGCCCUUGCAACUCUCAGGCCAGUGCAGUUAAUUGGAGGAGAACAGACACUUUUUGCUGUGACAGCCGAUGGGAAGCUCUAUGCUACUGGAUAUGGUGCUGGGGGAAGACUGGGAAUCGGAGGGACAGAGUCGGUAUCUACCCCAACACUGCUAGAAUCCAUUCAGCAUGUGUUCAUUAAGAAGGUUGCUGUGAACUCAGGAGGAAAACAUUGCCUUGCCCUCUCUUCAGAAGGAGAAGUUUACUCUUGGGGUGAGGCAGAAGAUGGGAAGUUGGGGCAUGGCAACAGAAGUCCAUGCGACCGCCCUCGUGUCAUUGAAUCUCUGAGAGGAAUUGAAGUAGUUGAUGUUGCUGCGGGUGGAGCCCACAGUGCCUGCGUCACAGCAGCGGGAGACCUCUACACAUGGGGCAAAGGCCGAUACGGCCGCCUGGGGCACAGCGACAGUGAAGACCAGUUAAAGCCAAAACUGGUGGAAGCACUACAGGGCCACCGAGUGGUGGACAUUGCCUGUGGCAGUGGUGAUGCCCAGACUCUCUGCCUCACUGAUGAUGAUACCGUCUGGUCCUGGGGUGAUGGAGACUAUGGCAAACUUGGCAGAGGAGGCAGUGAUGGUUGCAAAGUGCCCAUGAAGAUUGAUUCUCUCACUGGCCUUGGAGUGGUGAAAGUGGAAUGUGGAUCUCAAUUUUCUGUCGCUCUUACAAAAUCUGGAGCAGUUUAUACAUGGGGCAAAGGUGACUAUCACAGGCUGGGUCAUGGAUCUGAUGACCAUGUUCGGAGACCUCGGCAGGUCCAAGGGCUGCAGGGGAAGAAAGUCAUCGCUAUUGCCACUGGCUCCUUGCACUGUGUCUGCUGCACAGAAGAUGGUGAAGUUUAUACAUGGGGCGACAAUGAUGAGGGACAGCUAGGAGAUGGAACAACAAAUGCUAUCCAGAGACCUCGGUUGGUAGCUGCCCUUCAGGGGAAGAAGGUCAACCGUGUGGCCUGUGGCUCAGCACACACCCUCGCCUGGUCAACCAGCAAGCCAGCCAGUGCCGGCAAGCUUCCUGCUCAGGUGCCCAUGGAGUACAAUCAUCUGCAGGAGAUCCCCAUCAUUGCCCUGAGGAACCGGUUGUUGCUGCUGCACCACAUCUCAGAGCUUUUCUGCCCCUGCAUCCCCAUGUUUGACCUUGAAGGGUCACUUGAUGAAACUGGACUGGGGCCUGCAGUUGGAUUUGACACGUUACGAGGAAUCCUCAUAUCUCAGGGAAAGGAAGCAGCUUUUCGCAAAGUCGUACAAGCAACUAUGGUGCGAGACCGACAGCAUGGUCCUGUGGUGGAGUUGAACCGGAUCCAGGUCAAGCGCUCCAGGAGUAAAGGAGGGUUAGCUGGUCCUGAUGGUACCAAGUCUGUCUUUGGGCAGAUGUGUGCUAAGAUGAGCUCCUUUAGUCCCGACAGCCUCCUCCUCCCUCACCGAGUCUGGAAAGUCAAAUUUGUGGGCGAGUCCGUGGAUGACUGCGGGGGUGGCUACAGCGAGUCCAUAGCCGAGAUCUGUGAGGAGCUGCAGAAUGGACUCACUCCUCUUCUGAUUGUGACACCCAACGGGAGGGACGAGUCUGGUGCCAACAGAGACUGUUACCUGUUGAACCCGGCCGCCAGGGCACCUGUGCACUGCAGCAUGCUCCGCUUCCUGGGAGUGUUACUAGGCAUUGCUAUCCGCACUGGGAGUCCUCUGAGCCUGAAUCUGGCAGAGCCUGUAUGGAAGCAGCUGGCUGGGAUGAGUCUCACCAUUGCCGACCUCAGUGAGGUCGAUAAAGAUUUUAUUCCUGGGCUUAUGUACAUCCGUGACAAUGAAGCCACCUCAGAAGAGUUUGAGGCUAUGAGCCUUCCCUUCACAGUGCCUAGUGCCAGUGGCCAGGACAUCCAGUUGAGCUCUAAACACACACACAUCACCCUGGACAACCGUGCGGAGUACGUCCGGCUGGCAAUAAACUACAGACUCCAUGAAUUUGAUGAGCAGGUGGCUGCUGUUCGGGAAGGGAUGGCCCGAGUUGUGCCUGUCCCUCUGCUUUCUCUCUUCACUGGAUACGAGCUGGAGACAAUGGUGUGUGGGAGCCCAGACAUCCCACUGCAUCUUUUAAAGUCAGUGGCAACAUAUAAAGGGGUUGAGCCCUCAGCGUCCUUGAUCCAAUGGUUUUGGGAAGUGAUGGAGUCUUUCUCCAACACAGAACGCUCUCUAUUCCUUCGCUUUGUGUGGGGCCGGACGAGGCUGCCCAGGACCAUUGCUGACUUCCGUGGCAGAGACUUUGUCAUCCAGGUCCUGGACAAGUACAACCCACCUGACCACUUCCUUCCCGAAUCCUACACUUGUUUCUUUUUGCUGAAGUUGCCCAGGUAUUCCUGUAAACAGGUGCUGGAGGAAAAGCUGAAGUAUGCCAUUCACUUCUGCAAAUCCAUAGAUACGGAUGAUUAUGCUCGCAUAGCCCUCACUGGAGAGCCAGCUGCUGACGACAGCAGCGAUGACUCAGAUAAUGAGGAUGCAGAUUCUUUUGCUUCAGACUCAACACAAGAUUACUUAACAGGACACUGAGAUGGAGAAAUGCCCUUGGGAAGAGACAGGAGGCGGUGAGAGCAGGCAGAGUACUGUUGUUUAAAUUGCAAACGUCUGCAUAUCUGAUGAGGAACAUCAGUCCUUGAAGUAUAUGGAAGGAAGGAGAAAAACUGGAGACUGACUACCUGUGAUUGGAAUAAUGAGUGGUAUAAUCAUGGGAAAAUCAGUCUGCGCAUGAAGGACACUGCGGGACACUUGACAUUAUUGUGGAGACUUCAAAGGGUCUUCUGUCCCAUAAUGCUGCACUACAUGUAGGUCCCAGUGUUUACUAAAGUGUGUAAAUGUUUAUAUAAACACUGAACUGCAGCAUCCCCAAAAUAAAGCCUUUUUACUUGUGGGUGCAAUAGAUCCUCCCCCCUUUCCUUUUGAGUGUCAUGUGUCAUCUUGAUUGUACAUUGAAAUACUGUGUAACAAUGAAAUCAUAUAAUAAUUAUUAUUUCAACUAAUUUUACUCUGAAUUUAUUAAAAGCUUUUUAAACAUUACAUUAUCAGUAUUACUUGAAUGCAUUCAGAGGUUAUUUAAACCAAAACAGAACACAGAGAGGAUGUUUGGUUCUCUCCCCCUUUCUCUCUGGUGUACCAUUUUAGCAUAUGCAUUAUGUAAUUUGAAUUGAGGCCUUCCGGUGAAUACCUUCUAUCAUGGAAAGUGUACUAUAUAUAAUGUUUGUGUCAUGUAUAUGCUGAAAUUUUAAUUCCCUAUAAAUAAAAUAUCUGUCACAAA